AUGACAACCAAGACGGCGAGACCCGCAGCACUCGACCACACCUUAACACUGAAUGUGCCCUUCGAGACGCCGCGCCAGGCGCUGAUCGCGUCGCAGGUGUUGCAACCGGACCCGAUCCUGAAACCACAGGACUUCGCUGUGUCGUACGCGGCGCAGGGCCCGUGCCUCGAGGCGAGGUUCUGCGGCAGGGACGCCCGCGUGCUCCGCGUCGGCGUCAGCAGUGUCAUCGACAGCCUCAAGACCAUCAUCGAGUCCCUCGACGAGCUGGACCAGACGGGACCCUCAAGCACCGAGGCAAGUAUGUAA